UUUUUGCAAAAGGCUCUCUCCAUUCUCAAGGCAACAAAUCCUGUUCUUGCUUUUGCUUAUUUUAGCCUUGAAAAAUGUCUCAAGUCAGCGUCAGAGAUGAUGAGGUAGAUAUUGUGAUAGCUGCAAUUGAACCAGAUCUUACUUCUUUUCUGGAAGAAUGGAGAGCAAUAUUCUCCCGAUUUCACCUGAUUAUUAUCAAAGAUCCUGACGUCAAAGGAGAACUUAAAAUUCCAGGUGGAUUUAAUUAUGAUACCUAUACAAAAGCUGAUAUUCAACAAAUUAUUGGACCUUCAAAUGCUGCAACUUUCUCUGGCUACUCGUGCCGAUAUUUUGGCUAUCUCUUGUCAAAGAAGAAAUAUAUCAUCUCAAUUGAUGAUGACUGCAUUCCAGCUAAGGAUACUAAGGGUAUCCAAGUCGAUGCCAUCGCACAACAUAUCAAUAACCUCUUGACUCCUGCCACCCCAUUUUUCUUUAAUACCCUCUAUGAUCCUUUCUGUAAAGGAGCUGAUUUUGUUCGUGGCUACCCAUUUAGCUUGCGAAGUGGUGUCUCGUGUGCUCUAUCAUGUGGACUGUGGCUUAAUUUAGCAGAUCUUGAUGCACCUACACAAGCCCUCAAGCCGGAGCUGAGAAACACUCGAUAUGUUGAUGCUGUCCUCACUGUACCAGCUAGGGCCAUGAUGCCUCUGAGCGGAAUCAAUAUAGCGUUUGAUCGCGAAUUGGUGGGACCUGCUUUGCUGCCAUCUUUCAAGUUGGCAAAGGAAGGAAAGUUCAGGUGGGAAACUGUGGAGGAUGUAUGGACUGGAAUGUGUGUUAAGGUAGUAUGUGAUCACUUAGGAUAUGGUUUGAAAACUGGGCUUCCAUAUGUGUGGAGGAAAGAAAGAGGUGAUGCCAUAGAGAGUUUGAAGAAAGAGUGGGAAGGGGUGAAGCUGAUGGAAGAAGUUGUUCCAUUCUUCCAAUCAAUGAAAUUGACCCCGGCAGCAAAAACAGCUGAAGAUUGUGUGAUUGAGAUUGCAGCAGCCGUGAAGGAGCAGCUGGGACGAAUAGAUCCUGUGUUCACCCGUGCAGCUGAUUCCAUGGUCGAGUGGGUGCAGCUGUGGAAGACUGUCAAAACCCGAACAUAAUUCAGUCUUGUUUGGGGGGUGAAGUUCCAUAUUAUUUAUUUUCUUCUAGAUCCUUACAAAAGGCAUGUACAUUUCAUCCAGACGGUUCUCUUAAAACCGAUGCAUAAUAUAGACAAGGUUUUGUUUUCAACUGUUACCUAGGGUGACCAAGACUUGAUAAUAAUGUUUGGUGUUUUUUCUUGAUUUACGUUCUGUCUUUCUAAAUGUUUGGUUCAUUUUAUGUAAGUGAGACUCAACAGGAAAGGGGAAAUAAAUGGUGUAAUGCUUGCUGCUUCUGUUUCCUUA